UCCGUCCCCGCCGCCAUGCAGAAGUCACGGGAGGGCCGGGACGAGCUCCCGGAGGAUUUCUUCAUCCCCAUGGUCCUGGAGACCCCCAACGUGACGGCGCUGAGCCCCUUCCUGGUGCCUCAGACCCACCUGGGCAGCCCCGGCAUCUUCAUGGCGAUGGCGGCCUUCAUGUUCGUGCUGAUCGCCCUGGGGGCGCCCAUCAACGCCCUCACCAUCUUCUGCACCGCCAAGUACAAGAAGCUGCGCUCCCACCUCAACUACAUCCUGGUGAACCUGGCCGUCUCCAACCUGCUGGUCAUCUGCAUCGGCUCCACCACCGCCUUCUACAGCUUCUCCCAGAUGUACUUCGCCCUGGGCCCCACCGCCUGCAAGAUCGAGGGCUUCGCCGCCACCCUGGGAGGCAUGGUGAGCCUGUGGUCGCUGGCGGUGGUGGCCUUCGAGCGGUUCCUGGUGAUCUGCAAACCCCUGGGCAACUUCACCUUCCGGGGCAGCCACGCCCUGCUGGGCUGCGCCCUCACCUGGCUCUUCGGCCUCGUCGCCGCCCUGCCCCCCCUCUUCGGCUGGAGCAGGUACAUCCCCGAGGGGCUGCAGUGCUCGUGCGGCCCGGACUGGUACACCUCCGCCAACAAGUGGAACAACGAGUCCUACGUCAUCUUCCUCUUCUGCUUCUGCUUCGGCGUGCCCCUCGCCAUCAUCAUCUUCUCCUACGGCCGCCUCCUCCUCACGCUGCGCACGGUGGCCCGGCAGCAGGAGCAGUCGGCCACGACGCAGAAGGCGGAGCGGGAGGUGACGCGCAUGGUGGUGGUGAUGGUGCUGGGCUUCCUGGUGUGCUGGGCGCCCUACGCCGCCUUCGCGCUGUGGGUGGUGACGCACCGCGGGCGCCCCUUCGAGGUGGGGCUGGCCUCGCUGCCCUCCGUCUUCUCCAAGGCCUCCACCGUCUACAACCCCGUCAUCUACGUCCUCAUGAACAAGCAGUUCCGCUCCUGCAUGCUGCGGCUGCUGCUCUGCGGGCGGGGACCCUUCGGGGACGACGACGACGUCUCCGGAUCCUCCCAGGCCACCCAGGUCUCCUCCGUCUCCUCCAGCCAGGUCUCGCCCGCCUAGGCCGCCCCACGGCUCCCCCCGCCCCACGGCGCCCCCCCAGCCCCACGGCGCUGCGGGGCGGCCCC